AUGCAUGUAAUUGCUAGCGAUGGGCUCUGGGAUGUUGUGAGCAAUGAAGAAGUAGUAAGCAUAAUUAGGGACACUGUGAAAGAGCCUGGGAUGUGCUCAAAGAGAUUGGCGACUGAAGCUGCUGAACGUGGUGGCAAAGAUAACAUAACUGCCAUUGUUGUCUUCCUGCGUCCAGUCUCCACAGCAGAGAGAAUUUACUAG